AUGGCUGACACAGACAAAUUAAAUAUAGACAGCAUUAUAGCUAGGCUUUUAGAGGUUAGAGGGUCUAGACCAGGCAAGAACGUCCAGCUGACAGAGUCUGAAAUCAGAGGUCUGUGUCUGAAGUCACGAGAGAUCUUCCUGAGUCAGCCCAUUUUGUUAGAACUUGAAGCUCCUUUAAAGAUAUGUGGUGAUAUUCAUGGUCAAUAUUACGACCUUCUCCGCCUGUUUGAAUACGGUGGAUUCCCGCCCGAGUCCAACUAUCUUUUCCUUGGUGAUUAUGUGGACAGAGGAAAACAGUCACUAGAGACAAUCUGCUUGUUGCUAGCCUACAAAAUCAAGUAUCCAGAGAACUUUUUUCUUCUGAGAGGCAACCAUGAGUGUGCCAGCAUCAACAGGAUCUAUGGAUUUUAUGACGAAUGCAAGCGAAGGUACAACAUCAAGCUGUGGAAAACAUUUACAGAUUGUUUCAACUGCUUGCCGAUUGCUGCGAUCAUCGACGAGAAAAUCUUCUGCUGCCAUGGAGGUUUGAGUCCAGAUCUACAAUCCAUGGAACAAAUCCGAAGGAUCAUGCGGCCUACAGAUGUUCCUGACCAAGGCUUGCUGUGUGACUUGUUGUGGUCAGAUCCUGACAAAGAAACCAUGGGCUGGGGGGAGAAUGACCGGGGUGUCUCAUUCACAUUUGGAGCUGAAGUUGUCGCAAAAUUUUUGCACAAGCAUGAUUUGGACCUUAUAUGUAGAGCUCAUCAGGUUUUAGUCCUUGGUGUCAGGUUUUUUUUUUAUGGGGGGGGGGGGGGGGGGGGGGGUCCUUUUUAUUGCAAAAUUGUUUUAGUCUCUGUUUUUCGUGGUUGUUUAUACUCAGAUAAGAAAAAGUUCCCUUACGGAGGCUUGAACGCCGGCAGGCCAGUGACGCCACCACGCGGCAACCAGAAGGCUAAGGGGAAAAUGUAA